GAAUGGUCACACUUCAUUAGCAGAUUGAUUCUCAUUCCUCGACGGUGGUGAAGGGGCACACAGGAUCUUUAUCCUGUUCGGCGCAGGCAACAUGGCGACCGCUUUCCAGUGUGAUGCGUUCAGAGGGAACCUUCAUGGUAUUCAUAGACAACAAAUGGCUGCGUUUCGCCCAGCAUUGAAAGCAAACAAACGUGCUAACCGCUCGAUAGCAGUCAGAGUGUCUGCAGCUGCUACCAAGGAAGUUUUGAUUCUAGGUGGUACCCGCUUCAUUGGUGUUUACCUGGCACGUCAGCUUGUAGAGGCUGGGCACGGUGUGACCCUGCUGACGCGUGGCAAGAAGGAGGUCACCUACCAGAUCCCAGAUGACACGGACGAGUCGUACAAGGCUUACAAGUCAGCUGUCAAGCAUAUUGCUGCUGAUCGGAAGGACAAGAGUAUGCUUGACAGCCAGCUCGCUGGCAAGAAGUUUGACGCUGUCUAUGACAUGAACGGAAGGGAGGCUGAUGAGGCUGACCUCGUUCUUGGAGCUCUGGGGGAUGUCGGCCAGUACAUCUUCUGCUCAUCUGCGGGGGUGUACCUGAAGUCAUCGCAGAUGCCGCACUUUGAAGUGGAUGCUGUUGACCCCAAGUCACGCCACAAGGGAAAGCUGAAUACAGAAGCUCUUUUGGAGGAGAAGAAUGUCAAUUGGACUUCCAUUCGACCGGUAUACAUAUAUGGGCCCCUCAACUAUAAUCCCGUGGAAGAGUGGUUCUUCCACCGCAUCAAGGAGGGCCGGCCCAUCCCCAUUCCCAACAGCGGCCAACAGGUGACCCAGCUGGGGCAUGUGAAGGAUCUGGCUACGGCGUUUGUCAAGGUGCUGGACAAUGAGAAGGCGUCUCGCCAGGUCUACAACAUCUCAGGGGAGCGUUUUGUCACGUUUGAUGGCAUCGCUAAGGCCUGUGCUGCCGCCGCCGGCGCUCCAGAGCCCGAGCUGGUCCACUACAACCCCAAGGACUUUGACUUUGGUGGCAAGAAGGCGUUCCCGCUCAGGGACCAACACUUCUUCACCUCCAUUGCAAAGGCACAAGCCGACUUGGACUGGACCCCAGAGUAUGGAUUGGUGGAUGGGUUGAAGGACAGCUUUGAGAAGGACUUUGGAAGGGGAACAUUCAGGAAAGCCGCGGAUUUCAGCACGGAUGACAUGAUUCUGUCUGGGAGGUAGAGCGUCGCUACUGGAGAGGUCAGAUAGCCGUGUCUGCCUGGAAGUCCUAAGGGCUUUCAAGUGGCUGGACCCACCGCCUGACAUCCAUGGUGAAUAUUCUGAUGACUCGAGAACUGUCAAGUACUUUGGGAGUUCUUCAAGAGGAUGCCGAUCAGCAUCAUAGAGAUAAUGGGCAGUUCAUGACUGGGCAGCCUCUGCAUAAGCGCCUGUCCAGUUUCUGAUCACUGUCAACGCGUCGCUUGAACUGAAUUGCAUGCAAGAUGCUACCAGGAGUGUUACAGUAACUCUACUAG